AUGCCUCCUAGGAAGCUGAGAGGAGCAGCCAAACAAUCAGUUCAGCUCAGGGCUUCAAGCCGCACCCCCAAACCCCCGCCUAGGCUCGAGGAUGAUUUGCGUUCAAGCCCUCCGUCAAAACCACCCGCCAGGGUUAAACGUACCAAAACAGUCAUUGAUCUCGAAAUCGAAGACCCAGCUCCUGAACCUGUGAGUCUAUACAAUGAUUUCAUGGUUCAGGUAAUUGUUACUAGGGAGCCGAAAUUUAGGUAUGCCCAAGGACCCUUCAUGGUCGACCCCCUGAAAGAAUGGGACUUUGUUCAACCACUAUUGCUCGAUUUCGCCCUCGAGGAGUUGCGUCAGGACCCUGUGGUCAAAGAGGGCAUCAACAUUCACUCCCUUACUCCCUACAUUCAAUAA